AUGAAGCUGUUUCUCCUGCUUCUUGCCGUAUUUGUGGCAACAGAACUGGUGAUAUCAGGCAAAAGUCCUGUCCUUCAUUGCCUGAGUAACAGAGGUUUCUGUAGGUCUUCCUGCAAAAAGGAUGAACAGCCCUACUUCUACUGCAGAAAUUUUCAGACGUGCUGCCUCCAGUCCUACGUGAGGAUCAGCCUUACCGGCAUCGAUGAGGACACCAACUGGUCGUAUGACAAACACUGGCCAAAAAUACCGUGA